UAAUUCGAUUCCAAAGGAGACAGAGAUUCAAACUCGAAAUUGCAUCAAUGUCUGACAGAGAAGAUAGUGAUUCCGACGCCCCUGAGGAAUUCACAACUCUGCAGGGUAUACAACAAGACGAGGAGAUUCGCAAAAUUCAAAAAGAAAGUAAAGCUAGUUACAAAUCCAAAGAAAGUAAGGACACUGCUCAAGCUGAAGAUGAUGAUGUAUCAGGUUCUGAGCCUCAGCAUAAUCCCAAUCCAGCUUCAGGGUUUCUUCCAGAUGACGUAGUGAAAAUGCUUGCAGCUCGUGAGAAACAAGUUUUCUUACCUUACUAUGAAGGGGAGGAGGAGAAGGCUAAAACAAAGCCUGCCGCUUCAAAGAAGAGGAAAUCAAAGAAGUCAGGUUUGGAACCUGUUAUUUUGAGCGAACUAGGCCGUCCUCAAUGUUUACAGGGUGCCUUAGAAUUCUUGAAGAAAAGAAAAAUGUCAGUCCAGAGAUCGUCCUCUGCCUUGAAUAAUUCCAACAGAGCAUUUCGGCUCCUUUCUAAGUCUGGUGUGAUACUUCAGAAGUGAGCAUUUUUUCUUCUUUUCUUUUGCCAAUAGGUGCUAGCGUUUUAUUUGUAUCUUAGAUAUUAUUGAUUGUUUUUGUAAUGGGAGACUUGUCCUAACUAGGGUGUUUGUGGUACGGUUUGGAUUGAAUGAUUUAAAAAAAAAAACGAUCCGAUCCGAUCUAAUUUCGAGGGGUUUGGAUUAGAUUGGAUUUACAGUUUUGUAAAUUAAAAAAAUUAAAUAUAUAUAUUAAGU